UCAUCCUGCUUCCCCCACUCUCCUCAUCUAUCUUUCGCCAUCGCACUGCCCACAUUCGGGGCGAUUGGCUACUGGAGAAUGACGAUUCCUUUCAGCGAUCCGUCAUUCAUCAUGGACGGUGUAACAUCCCCUCCCCGAUCGCGCCUCGGGUCUAGAUCUGCACCCGCUGGAUGAUGCCCUGUGUUUACGGUGUGGGCCUCCGUCUUGAUCCUGCCUGAUGAGCCCUAUUAUUCACCUUCCACGCUGGGUUUCUCUCUGGAAAUAAUCUGACAACCUUCCUGCUGCUUCUUUUUUACCACCUCUUCCCUGCGGUUUUCAAGGAACAGCGGUUGGUUCGAGUCGAGACUGUGAUAAACCACCGCUAAGAAACGGCCUUGAUGCCGUUCGACUGAUCCUGGGCGCGCCUCCCACCUGUCGGUCCGAACUAAGAUCGGCGAUUUUUUCUAGAUGCGUCGAGGUCGAUUUCACACUGCUGCGGUGUUCUCGGCCUGUUUGAGUUCCCAUGGAUGAUCAACUCCCUCGAUCUCAGAGCGUGCGCAGGACAGUCGGGGCUUACCUGGCGUCGACACUCCUGCUGCUCGCCAGCCCCGCUCUCGCGGCCAUCCCGUAUACCCCUUCCCAUCUUCUUUACUCGCCACAACAGGAUGCGUCGUUCGCCUAUCUGCUACGAUCUGCCGGCACCGGAGAGACCACCACCACGCAGUUCCUCUCGUUGAACGUUUCCGAGGACGUCGACGCAUCCCAUCCACAGUACACGACUCUACUGCCCGAGACUCCUUUCCGUAGCCGCAACCGUUCGUCGGCUAUUGUUCCUGUUAUUGACCAGCAUGGGAUCGUCAAAGUCUACACGGGGGACUGUCACACAGACCUCCAUCAAUCUACGCUGUGGCAGUUCACCGCGGAUGCCAAUAGCUCGAUCGGAAACGGGACAUGGGAGGAGUAUGCGCUGGAGGACGAGACAAACACCAACCUUCAAGGACCCAAUUUCUUGUCAACGGGGUUCGCGUAUGCCUUCUCCAACAGCUCCAAUAGCUCGGUUUAUUCCUUUGCGGGGAUGUGCCCCCAACUUCUAGGCCCCGGUCCAACUUGGGUAACCGCUGCCAACUACUCCCGGUCCAUGACGGUCCUGAGCCAGACGACCUCGGACCGCAACACAACUUAUAAAGCCUCUACCACCGGCGACCGUGCACCGCCUAUCGCAGAAGCCGGGUUUUCGGUCACGCCGCUGCAGGUAUCCUACUCGUCGAUGGCCUCUGGUAAAUUAUUACAGCAACAGGACUUUUUGUUGAUAGGCGGCCACACGCAGCAAGCGUUUCUCAACAUGUCGCAGCUCGCUAUGUUCUCUCUUCCGCAAAGCAGCUGGAGCUUUGUCACCGUCGAUUCUGUGCGGGACAAAGCUAAAACCGAGCUCGCCGUCCGUGAGACGCCGGCGGUCGAACCCAGGUCCGGUCAUACAGCGGUCCUCUCCUCGGAUGGAAGCAAGGUGAUCCUGUUUGGGGGGUGGGUUGGUAACACGAGUGUCCCGGCCGAGCCUCAGCUGGCUAUUCUGGAUAUUGGUGCGGAAUACACAGGCUCUAGGGACUGGGCAUGGCGCUUGCCGUCGCCGAAGGGCACUAGCUUGGGUCUGGCACCAGGCACGGGGGUGUACGGCCACGGGGCUGCGAUGCUUCCCGGUGGCGUGAUGGUGAUUGCUGGCGGAUAUCACAUUUCGAAGUUGUCCAAACGAAUAGACAGCGAGCCGCAACGGAGCUCUCAAGUGUUCCUGUACAACGUUACCUCAGACAGUUGGAUAUCUUCUUAUACUAAUCCGGACACAUUACACCACGACCGAAGCAACCCUAAGCCCACAAAUACCAUUCCAGCUGCGACAGCCGCUCCGACAGCCUCCGAGCCUUCUUCCCAUUCUUCUUCGUCGCGCAAAGUCGGUCUCGGGGCGGGCCUCGGGAUAGGAAUCCCCGUCGCCGCAGGGCUGGUGAUCUUUCUAUGGCUCUCAUACCGCAAGCGCCACGUGCGCCAAAGUCGAGACCAGGAGCUCCGCCAGCUUGCCCUGGGGGCGCAACGACCGCACUUCUGGGGACGGGACGAAACUGACAUUGCCAGCAGCAUCCGCAAGCCGCCCACGCAGGGGGGCGAUGCACGCAACGCUUACCCUUGGACCCGCAACGACGGGUUCGGCGGGGCGUCGAACUGGAGAGACCACGGCGAUAUUGCAGCAGAAAGAACGGGCCUGCUCAUGGAUGUGCCGGGCCCAUCGAGAUUCCCUCGCCUCAAUCCGAAUAUGCGAAUGUACCGGCCCCCAUUGUACGACAUGGAGCACAGAAGGGGAGAUGCAGUCCACGACAUCCAUCGAAUCGACGAACGCGAAGAAGACGAAACGCACAGUUUACAGCGAAUGACGACGUGCGAGUCUGGAUACCCCCACACCGAGGCGAGCUUUGUGACGCCCCGCAGCACUCGCCGGGAAUUCGAACCGGCCAGUCCGUCAGGAACCCGCGAGCAGGAGUUUAUCUCCCACGCGGAUGGGCGGUCAUUAUCGCCGGACAGAAGGAAUCGCAUUCUACCAGACUUAUCCAUAAGCCAGCCCAGUAGCGGGCGAGUGUCUCCCGAGAAGCCUGGGUCCGCGUCCGCGCACAGCAAGGCAUUCUCCCAGGACAAACGAUACUCGUCAGACUCCUACUCGACAGCCAACACCACACUCUCCCAGCGUCAAGCCGAAGGCGAGCAUCUCCUCCGAGAAGACGACGCCGAGCCUACCUCCCCAGUCGGCAUGUUCCUCAAACCACUAUUCAUCCCCAAACCGCGAGCCGCAGAAUGGCUAGGAAACGUCCGACGCGUGCUAUCCGCAACGCGCAAAUGGCCUCCCACAAGCCCCGAGACAACAGAGCCAGAAACAGCAACAGCGGGCAUGGCAUCCGGCGUCGACCGCCGCAGCACAGUCCUAGGGUCCCCUCCAAAAAGAUCCGCCGCUGACUCCCGACUUCCCCGCCGCUCCGUCAGCGCCUCGGCAGAACUUCUCCGCCGCAAACAAGGAGCCCGCGACUGGAGCGCUGGGAACAGUGUAUCGCGCGACAUGACAAACUUACACCCGUUGCCCUCAACACGCGACGACUUCGCCCUCGCCGGCCCGUCCCGAAGGGUCAAUAAGAACCACACAGUGGACGAGGAAGACGACUGGGACGUUGAGGGCGCUGCAGAGGGCCGCCGCGUGCAGGUAACGUUUACGGUUCCGAAGGAGAAGCUACGGGUCGUCAAUGCUACUGCGAGGGAUAUGGAUGAUGUUUCGGAGGUGUCUUCUAUUGGGAGGAGUAAUAGCGGGGGUAGACAGUAGAUUUUAUCCUUCUCUUUUCUCUUUUUGAUUAUGGUUCAUCGUUUUUAGCGAGUUUUGUAUCACCUUUUUUUGUGAUGUGAGGGGGGAGGGGGGUGAAAGGCAAUGAGGUAGAUUGGGCCCGAACCCAUUUGUGAACUUGGC